AUGGCAGCAGAGAAAGCAACACAAUACAAGCAAGCAGCUAUUCCAAAGAAGCCAAGAACUAGGAUGACAAGAGGCAUACAGACCGAGGCUCGUCUGAAGGUAGUAGACAACUCUGGAGCAAAGGAGGUCAAGGUUAUCGGUGUAAAAGGAUUCGUUGGUAGACUGAACCGGAUUCCCUGUGCCUCUCCAGGAGACAUAGUUGUUUGCUCAGUAAAGAAGGGAAAGCCCGAUCUCAGGAAAAAAGUAGUCUGCUGUGUGCUCAUUAGACAGAAGAAGAUCUGGAAAAGAAAGGACGGAUGCAACAUUUGCUUUGAAGAUAAUGCGUGCUGUUUGAUUGACAACAAAGGCGAUCUUAAGGGCACCCAGAUUUCAGGUCCAGUUCCCCGUGAAGUUGCAGAGCAGUGGCCAAAGAUCGCCUCACAAGCAUGCUCUAUCGAUUAA